GAUAAAUCAAAACAAAAACUGUGACUGCUGCUUUGACCGCUGGUAUUUAUUUGCAGAAAAAUACUUGCAGGAAAUGACUGAUUUAAGCGAAAAAGUGAUUGUUGCAAAGAAUGCGUUAAUGUCGGCUUUAGGAGACAAUGCCGCCAAAUACCUAGGAAACAUGAAGCUUUGGUUUCGUCACAAGUGGACCAAAGAACAAUUCGACUAUGAGUCGCGCAAGUUUUUAACACCAGAAAAGAUGCAUCUGCAUAAUCAAUUCCUUAUAGCUAUACUUAAUAAAGUAGAUGCGUUUCAGGUGCCUCAGCAGCCUUCCCCCUAUAGUGGUGUUAGCCAGACACAUGGUGGAAUUGGUUCCUCCUCCACAGGUAGCAGUGGAAGUGCUAGUGGUAAUAAAAAGGGAAAGAGAAAGAAGAGUUCGCGAGUGUCAAGUGACAGAUUUACAUUUGAGCCAUAUGAUUUUUUGGAUUUUAUACUGGAGGAUACAAUGAAAGUGAUAAGACCCGCUGCUGGAACCGAUGCAAAUGUUCAAAUACUUCCCAUACAAAGAUAUUGCGUGCAGGAGCUAUUCCUUCCAGAUGCUGGUUUUAUUUUGGGCCGUUUUCUCAUAGGCGCUUGGGAGUCUGGCCUUAUAAAUGUAGAAGAUAAUGUCGCAGAAUAUGUAGCAAUGGCGGUACAAGUUCUCCUUAAGAAUCUUAUUUCAGCAAUAAUUAUGAAAAAAGAACACUACAAGACGACAGGCGAAGGUUCGUUCUUUUACGACGUAGGUGCUCCUUUAAGGGACCCUUCACUGCGUAAUACAGUCACCAGACAGAAACUCGAUGAUGGUCCACUUGAGUUGGAUAAAGAAAUCACUUCGCCAAACUUUAUGCGCAGAUCUAACGACGAUGUUACUUUUCUUUCAGCAUGUGAAGAGAUAGAAGCUAAGAAGACCAAAGAAAUCACGUUGAAAGACUGCCAACGUGCGUUCAUCGAUCAUAAUCUUAUACCUUCUCAUUCUGUGUAUGCCGUUAACAUGGAGAGGUUAACCCAAAUGAUGCACUGAUGUAGAUAUUUAUUAUAUGUAUAAAUAGAUUUAAAUAAAUUUACAGUUUGGAAAA